GAACCGCCCUGGACCGAACGCCUCAACACCAAGAAGAGGUUUUCUAGCGACAGUCAAAUUUCAGGGCAAUCCAGUUCGGCCAACAAUACAUCCUUCCUCUAGUAUUUACUUGCACUUCUGUUGCUUAGAAGACUGUGACGCUCGUUCUUCUUUAAGUGGGGCAAGCAUGACACUGCAGGCAAUCAAAUAUAAUGAGGGUGUUCUCACUAUCAUCGACCAAUUGCAACUUCCCUAUGUGGAGCAAUUCAUCGAAAUCAAGACGAGUGAACAAGCCUGGCAUGCUAUCAAGGCUAUGCAAGUCCGGGGAGCGCCUGCCAUUGCUAUAGUAGCAGCCCUUGCCCUUGCCUCUGAGCUUCACCAACUUAUUGCAGAUGGAGGCUUGUCUUCAGUUGCGGAUGAAGUUCGUGUUUUCAUUGUCGAGAAGCUAGAGUACCUGGUGAGCAGUAGGCCCACCGCCGUCAAUCUAGGCGAUGCCGCGCGAAAGCUUGAGCUCGUGGUCUCUCAGAGUGCUACCCAUGAUGGGUCGACAGGUCAUGGGGUCGCUGUCGCCUUCAUAAAGGCCGCGGAGGCGAUGUUAUUGAAGGACGUUCAAGAUAAUAAGCAGAUAGGGGAGCAUGGCGCUAAGUGGAUCAUGGCAAACGCUGUGACUGCUGGAGAGGGAAAGGCCACCGUCCUGACUCAUUGCAAUACAGGUUCUCUAGCGACAUCAGGAUAUGGAACAGCGCUGGGUGUGAUUCGCAGCCUGUCUUCGAUGAAUAGUCUGCGUCAUGCAUACUGCACUGAAACAAGACCUUACAAUCAAGGUUCCCGGUUGACUGCUUUCGAAUUGGUGCACGAUGGUCUUCCCUCUACCUUGAUAACAGAUUCUAUGGCUGCCGCACUUCUUGCCAGUUCCAAAGCCAGCGUCAGUGCGAUCGUCGUGGGUGCAGAUAGGGUCGCAGCCAAUGGCGAUACUGCCAAUAAAAUAGGGACAUAUGGGCUGGCAGUUCUUGCAAAAUACCACGGCGUUAGAUUCCUUGUUGCCGCACCACUCACAACCAUCGACUUGUCAACCAAAUCCGGUGAUGAAAUAGUUAUUGAAGAACGGCCCGCUGUGGAGGUUACAAGAGUGAAAGGGCCUUGUGAAGGCAAUAUCUCAAAAGUCGGAGAAUUGGAGACUGUGCGCAUAGCUGCAGAAGGGAUUAAUGUCUGGAACCCAGCAUUUGAUAUCACACCAGCUACACUCAUCGACGGGAUUGUAACAGAGAAGGGAGUCAUGGAAAAGGCAGCGGACGGUCAAUUUCAUUUGGCAGGCCUAUUUGAGGGAUAAUUGCCAUUCUGCGGCUGCGGCUGCAUCUCCGUUUGACUAUGGUCGAUGUCGCUGGAAGACCUGUCAUUGUCACUAUCGCGUUUGUUGAGCAGUUCAUCAAUUCUAGACUCGAGUUCGCUAAGAUGCUUCUCCAUGGCUAGUGCCGCCUC